AUGGCCAAAGCCAAGGCAGCAGCACCCACGUCGUCGAGCGGCGGCAAGUCGGCGAAGAAGAAGAAGUGGUCCAAGGGCAAGGUCAAGGACAAGGCCCAGCACGCCGUUACGCCUGACAAGGCGCUCUUCGACCGCAUCGUGAAGGAGGUCCCCACCUUCCGCUUCAUCUCGCAGUCCAUCCUCAUUGAGCGUCUCCGUGUAAACGGCUCGCUUGCUCGCAUCGCCAUCCGCCACCUCGAGAAGGAGGGCUCCAUCAAGCGCAUUGUGCACCACCACGGCCAGCUCAUCUACACGCGCGCAUCUGCGACCGAGUAG